GUGAUUGUCUUGUAUUCGUUUAUUUGUACAAAGGUAUCCUGUCAUUUCUGAAAAUAUUUGUGUCUGGUUUAUUUCAUCAAGAAAAGUCUCAAAACUAAUCAGUAAAGAAAAAUGGCAGACCCUGUUGAAGAAAAGGUGGUAAUGACUCCGAAAUGUAAAACAGAAACGUCCACCAUCCUUGUGGUCGAAAGGAAGGCAGUCGAAGCUGAGGCCAGCGAUAAAACCCAUGUUGCUGGCGGUGACCACACGGGACUAAUUAUAAAUAAGGAAAAAGUUUAUGAAAAUGGAGUCACAGAACCUUGCCAUGCUCAAUUGGAAUUUUGGGUGUACCUCGUAUCUGUAGCCAAUGGAUCACACACCAGAGAAGCGCGGGCCCUCAGAUUCUGGUUCAAACCACAAACACCCCCUAGUGAAAGAUCCCAUGAAGCCCAAGCCUUUUUCCGAGAGCUUGUGAGCCCACAAGACUUCCCUAAAGAUUACGUUGGAUUUAUAAAGAAGAUCAUGAAAUUGAUGCAGCAUAAAUACCACCAACUGAAAAUCCUGGAAAUAGAGCUAAGACAAGAGGGCAGGAGAACACCACCACCUGAAACCAAUGGCGUAGUCACGAGUAAGGGUGUCGUAUACAACUAUUGUAAUGGGUCUUUUAUUGAAGAUAGUGCCGCAAGCCAGACUCCAAUAAUAUCUGAACAAAGAGUUUUGGACAUGAUAGAGAAUGCUUAUCCCAACCCCUUGACUGUUGAAGACUUCGUGUCCGUGGGAAAAUGGUCCAAGGCGGACAUCAAAGAUGCACUGGAGUCAUUGGAGGAAAAGGGCCUAACGCGCACCAUGUCCGAAGGAUUGUACAUCCGUCAACAUAGUGUCGACACGCAGGUGGUGAAACAAAUGCCAACGUUGUGUUCGUCACGGCAACCCAGCAUAGCCGUGGUCACGGCUCUGUACUGCGAGAAACAAGCUGUAGACGCCAUGAUGGACAACCAAGAGACGUAUGUGCGCUACACUACUGUGGGUGAAUCGAACGUCUACACCCUGGGCACGAUAGGGGCCCAUAGAGUCGUCACAACCAAGUUGCCUUCCGUGGGCCGCACUCGGGAAGCCAUGACCGCUGCCGGCAACACGACCACAAGACUGCUUGGAAUUUUCCAAAAGGUGGAGUACGUGUUCUUAGUCGGCGUCGGCGGCGGAGUGCCCCACUACACGGAUUAUGCGAAGCACGUGCGACUGGGUGACGUGGUGGUGUCGACGCCGGCAUCUGACCUCAGCGACAAGUACGUUUAUAUCUUCUGUGAGAAAGCAGACCGCAACGAAAAAGGAGGUUGGGACUACGAGGUCAAACCUUACAAACCAUCGAGUUUCCUUCUCCAAGACAUCGCUCUACGACUCACAAGCUCUCAAACGGCACCGUGGAACUCUUACGUUGAGGAAGGUCUCCAACGCCUGCGCAGCGUCCCAGGGCGCUGGGAGCCACCAGAGGGCGCCACCGACCGCCUGUGCGUCGAGGUCGGCGCGGGCGCAUACAUCGAGGUGUCGCACCCCACGCCACAAGGAGACCAAGUUGUUUAUUCCAGUGACCAAGCGGGCGGCAUCCGCGUGCACUGCGCGCCGGUGGCGGGCGGGCGCGCGGUGGCGGCGGCGGGCGAGGCGCGCGCGGCGUUCGCGGCGCACGCGCGUGCCUUAGCCUACGACUGCGAGUUGGACGCCGUGCUGGACAGUGUGGUUGGGAACAGGAAGGACUGCUUCGUGUCUGUCAGAGGCAUUUCAGACUACCGCGACGGCACCCGCGGCAAAGAGUGGCAGCCACACGCCGCGCUAGCCGCCGCCGCUGUCAUGAAGUCCAUCGUCGCCGCCAUGGACCCGCCCACAGAUUAAACACCUCACCUGCUAGCCUAGGACGCAUGACAUUAUAUCGUUUUAUCGAUUUUACACGAUAAGCCCAUACAUUUGUCGACGAUAAGAUUAUAUCGUGGCGUGCAUCCUAUGCUGGCUGGAGUUUAAAUACUCUGGAGGUCCUAUUGAUCUAGUAUGGAACAUGACGUCAUUGUGCACGAAGAAAAGGGUUUGUCACAAGUAAAAAACUUACAUAACAUGCGUAUUUCGAUAUUUUCUCUCAAAUAUCCAGUGGUUGUUGAACUAUCAAUACCACUUAGCAGACAUAAAGUUAAUAUUUACUGUUUUAUUUUGUGUGUUUGCCUAUUAAUUUGUGUUUUGUUCAUUUCUAUCAAAAUUAAAGUCAAUAUCUAUUGUAGGUAAAUUGAGACAUUGAUACAAUGGUAUUUAUAGAGAAAACUAAACCUCAUUUCUACGAUGAAUCAUGUUCCAUAGAAUACAAUGGAUAUUACCUAACACUGUUAUGUUCGUUUCAAUCCCUGGCGCGUUUAUUACCGGAAAUGUGGUAAUUAUACAAACAAAUUCUAUAUUUAAUUUUGUUCUAAGAAGACAUUGUAAUUAAUAUUGCGUUUGCAUACUAUCGCACUGCCUCAUGAUAACGUAUGGAGCACUUUAUUUUUAAAAUCUCAGUUCGUUUUUCUUUUCAGUGUAUUUUUGACCAUAAUUGUUUUUGGAUGUGAAUCUAAAUGUUUCGUAAAAUAUUCGAUAAAUGACUAGCGCGGCUUUUUGUGCACUUUAAUUAAAUUACACUACUUAAAGCCUAGCAUUGUGUGGGCACGUUGUAUCGCUUUUAUGAGUAUCUACAGUACAGUGGGUAUUUAAAGGAAUGUAUUAAUAAAUAGUAAUCUGACACUAGCACCGAAUUGCAUGAAAAAACAGAAGAUAUGUAAAUGUGGCGACUAGUGUGAGUCUAUCUUUAGGGACAUUUGAGAUUAGUACCUACUAAAUAUUUCGUACCUACGAGUCGCUUCCAAAAUAAAACUUAUACGUGCCGAAAUAACGCUCUUAAGAAUGAGUUUAUUUGUUCCAUAGAGGUUUACUCUAUCUAUGUAUAUUAUCGAUAAGUUUCACCAGUGUAUGUACUUCAAACGGGACUUAUCUUUGCCUUAUUUAUUGUGUAGUUUUUACUAAAUUAUUAUGUACUCAAAGUAUAAUUAGCCGUACUGUUAAACAGUAGAAACUUUUACAAAUAGCCAUUUACUGCCAUAAAUUCUUCCAACGCGUGCGUAAACGUACGUCAGCUAAAACUAUUGUAUUCAUCACAAAGUUGAAACGUAGGUCACAAAUACUGUGUGAUGUAGACAAAUAAAUCUUGAGUACCAAUGUAAUUUAUUUACAGGUUCACUUGCCUUAGAUUUGGCUGUUACGAUUUAUAUAGAUGUUUAUAUCACUUAAGAGUUAUUUACACAAUGUAGUAAUAGAUAAAUGUAACGAAUCAUUUUAGUGAGAUAUUUGUUAGAUUACUAAGUUGUCUUGUCUGCCUUUACCUUACACGCAAGCAGCUGUUACCAGUGAAACCUAAACUGUAGGGAAGUUCAAUCUAUGGUUAAGUAAUUUUGAAUCCUUUUAAUCAUAUUGGGUGGAAUACAGCUGCAUGGUCUUAUUAAAUUUUAAAGAGCUUCGAAAAUGAAUAAUUUUAAUAUGUUUAAGUGUCCUUCCUUAAAAUGUAUCACGAAGCAGAACUGUGUUAAAAAAUCUUCCCAUUGUUUCCAUUUCUAGAUAACCGACUUAGGUAGGUUUUCACUCAUUAUUGUUUUUUGAAAUAAAGAAAAAUGUGUCAUUCAUACACAAAAAAGUACCAAAUAGUGUGGUGUUAAAAUAUUGUUUAUGUUUACAAGAGUAUUAUUACCAUGAUCUACUUACACAUUUAAAGCAUUCCGCUAUUAAUUUAGUUUUAGUGUUUUUUGUAGAAAACCAGUUUAAUAAUAGACAAUGACACAAUGUUUAAUCGCAUUCUAUAUCGAAAUUAUUGAUAGCAGUACAUAUAGGAUAAUGAGAUUGAUACAUCGGGGAAAUUGUAAAUGACAAGUACUAUUUAAGAGUAAUGUAUAUUUAACCAAAACUAGAACUACCACUGCCAUAAAUGGCCUAUUUAUUAUUGUUAAUAAUUUAUCUGUUGUGAAAUAUAUUAAAACCAAAGUUUAGACUUUUGGCUGUUUGUAAACACCUAGUCUAGUCGUCAGAAUUGUGAAAUGAAUCGUUAUUUACGAAAUUGCAUAAAUAAUUUAUAAAUCCCAUAUUGUCAUUUUACAUAGGGAACUUUAUUAUCCUAGAAAUGUUGGUCUCAAACAAAUAAUUUCAGUCGCUAUCUUAUCCGGUUUUAAAAUACUGAGCUUUAAUUUUAGUAAAGUAAUAAAUUACUAUGGUGCGUCCAGACUGGGCGCAUGGGCUCGCGCGGCAAACUUAACAUCCUGCUCACUCAAGAGCAGGGUGAGCAGGAUGACCAGCGUGCCGCGCGAGCCCGUGCGCCCUGUCUGGACGCACCAUUACUUACAUUAUUCUCUUUACAAAACAUGUGGGCAACAAACUCAUGCAGCUCAUUGUUAUAAAAGCCAAGUUUUUAAGAAAUCAGCUAUUUUGUCUUACUAACAAACCAAACAUCCUUCUCCUUAAUUGGUUAAAAAGUAUCAACAGCGGCUGAAAGA